AUGGAGUGUCAAGUGGAAAAAACACAUUUCCGACACCUAUUGCUCUUCACGUAUAACCAAGGUUUAAACGCUGCCAAAGCCGCCGAAAAUAUUCAAGUGGUUUACGGAGAUGACUCUAUCAGCGAUUCGACGGCUUGCAAAUGGUUUUUGCGUUUUAAAGAAGGCAAUUUUGACCUUGAUGACGCUCCGCGCUGCGGGAGACCAACCGACUUUGAUGAGGAUAGAUUAAAUGUUCUAAUCCAUGAUGAUCCAUAUCAAACGACUCGUGAAUUAGCUGAGAAGAUGGACAAAGAUCACAUGACAAUCGCUCGACACUUGAAAUCGAUGGAGAAAGUGCAAAAACUCGGAGCUUGGGUGCCACAUCAAUUGAGCGCCAAUAACAAAAUUCGACGUAUCACUAUCUCGGCUUUGCUACUCGCACGUCAUCGCCAAGCUGUACUCCAACAUCGAUCUUUCUUCAAGCUGAUUAUCACGGGAGACGAGAAAUGGUGUCUGUAUGCCAAUAUGAAGCGAAGGAAACAGUGGCUGAGUCUCGACAAGCAAGUAAUGCCACGAGCGAAGUCCGAAUUGCAUCCUCGGAAGACAAUGCUGUCAGUCUGGUGGGAUUGGGAAGGUGUCAUCCAUUUUGAGUUACUUCAAAAAAAUCGAACUGUCACGGCCGAGCUUUAUUUGCAACAACUGCAACGUCUGGCCAAUGCGAUUGAACAAAAACGACCAAACCGCUGA